CAGACAAUGUCCGGGCAGCCGAUGGAGCACUACGCGUGGCACGCGGCGCCGCCCUCGACUUCGGUCACUGGAACGUCGGAGCUGUUCAGUUCGACGUUCGCCAUGCUCAGCGACACCGCCGUCACCUACCCGGAGCAGUGGGCCGAGAACAAUAAGCCAGCUGGUGGGUUUUUUUGAAUGGUUUUCUUGGAGAGUUGGGACUUUUUGGGUCAGUAGGUAGGUUUUAAGAGUAUUUUAAAGAUCUAGGACUUGUUCUGUGCAUGGAGGGAAGCUUUAGUAAUGAUACUUACGAAUUUUAGUUUCUCACAAAGUUUAGUUCAUCCAAUAAAACUUGAAGAAAUUAAGCCAGCUGGUGGGUUUUUUGAGGAUUUCUUGGAGAGUUGGGACUUUUUGAGCUAGUAGAUGAGUUUCAGGAUUAUUUUGGAGAUUCAGGACUUGUUCAGAGUAUGGAGGGAAGCUUUAGUGAUGAUACUCACGAAUUUUAGUUUUUCAUAAAGUAAGUUUAUCCAAUAAAACUUGAAGAAAUUGAGCCGGCUGAUGGGUUUUUUGAAGGUUUUCUUGGAGAGUUGGGACUUUUUGGGUCAGUAGAUGAGUUUUAAAAGAGUAUUUUGAAGAGCUAGGACUUGUUCUGAGCAUGGAGGGAAGCUUUAGUAAUGAUACUUACGAAUUUUAGUUUUUCACAAAGUUAGUUUAUCCAAUAAAACUUGAAUAAGCUGAGCCAGCUGAUGGGUUUUUGAGGUUUCUUGGAGAGUUGAGACUUUUUGGGUCAGUAGAUGAGUUUUUAAGAGUAUUUUUGAAGAGUUAGGACUUGUUCAGAGUAUGGAGGGAACCUUAAGUAAUGAUACUUACGAAUUUUAGUUUUUCACAAUGUUUGUUUAUCCAAUAAAACUUGAAGAAAUCGAGCCAGCUGGUGGGUUUUUUGGGGGUUUCUUCGAGAGUUGGGACUUUUUGGGUCAGUUGAUGGGUUUUAAGAGGAUCUUGAAGAGUUAGGACUUGUUCUGAGUAUUGAGGAAAGCUUUAGUAAUGAUGCUCACGAAAUUCGGCUUUUCACAAAGUUCAGUUUAUCCAAUAAAACUUGAAUAAAUUAAGCCAGCUGGUGGGUUUUUUUGAAUGGUUUUCUUGGAGAGCUAGUGCUUUUCCAAUGUUUGGAGGAAAGCUUUAGUUAUGAUAUUUUUCGAGUUCAGUUUUUUGUGAUCACUGAGUUUUUCUCAAAGUUUAGUUCAUCCAAUGACACUUGAAGUAGAUUUUAGAGGUUUUCACGAAGAGUUGAGGAUUUCCCAAGGUUCAGAGAGAAGUUUCGAAAAUUUUAUUUUUCGAGUACAGUUUUUCGUCCCGUAUGAGGUCUUACAAAGCUCAGUUCAUCUGAUGAGACUUGUAGUAGACACUUAAGGCUUCAACCUGAAGAAAAUAAGCCGGCUGAUGAGUUUUGAGACUUUCCCGAAGAGUUGGGGUCUUUUUAGGUUUUGAAGAAAGUUUAGUGAUGACACUUAGAAUUUUUUUAUGCUUUCUGAGAUUUCCUCAAAGCUUAGUUCAUCCAGUGAAUCUUGAAGUUAGACUCUGAGGCUCGAAAUUUGAGAAAAUAGGCCAGUUGGUAGAUUUUGAGAUGUUUCCGAAAAGUCUGGGUCUUUUUAGGUUUAGAAGAAAGUUUAGUGAUGAUACUUAGGAUUUUUAUUUUUUUUUAAUGCUUUCUGAGUUUUUUUUUCCAACGCUAAGUUCAUCUAAUGAUACUUGAAGUAAGAAUAUGCGGCUUGAACUUAAGGAAAAUGAGCUUGGAUGAUUUUUCGGAUAUUUCAGCGCUUUUGGCUUGAUUUUUAGCUUCAGUUGUGCUCAGUAAACUUUUUUUGCUUUCAGUUAGUUUCCUGAAGCUUGCCGUAUGUAUUUGAGGCAGGAAAAUAUUAUCUUUGUACUUUUGAAGCUCAAGUUGGUUGCUUUGAUAUGAUCUAAUGAUAAAAAUUUCAGUCGCGUCAUUACCCCAGCCGGUGUUCUUCGACCAGCCGGUGAUACAGCAGCCGACGCCGAACGCCUAUGAUCAGACGAGGUAAAUUUUUCAGUAUGAUCAGAAUUUCGAGUUUUUGAAGGAUGUUCGAUGUAUAGAAUCUUCUGGAGGUCUUUGGAAAUACUGAAGAUCCUAAAUACUGGAUAUACUAUACUAAAAUACUGAAUACUGAAUAACUGAAGAUUGCACAAGGCCAACUUCCGAAUCAGAUCGAGUUAUGUAGAUUCAUUUUUUUAAGGUGAUUCUGAAUCUAGUUCCAAAAGUUGCCGAAGAGGUCUGAGAAGCAAAUUAUGAACUUUCAAAAGCUCUCUUUAUUUACUUCUUCUAGGUUAGUCUGUUGAUUCGAAAUCUGGUCUCAAAAGCUGCCCAGGAGAUCUGUAAAGCAAGUUAUGAACCCUUGAAAAAUAAAAAAAGGUCCAUUCAGCUUAUUUUGGACAAUAAAGUUAGAGCUUACCUUGGCCAACAGGAAAAAUCAGAAAAAUUUGAGCCACGGUACUUUUUUAAAUUUUUCACUUGUUUGGGACAUUUUUAGCCUUGGUAAUUUUUUUGGAUUUUCUUACUUGUUUGGGACCAGGGUAUAUGGGUGAAGCAAGGCAUUUUUCGAAUUUGGAAGCCCAUAACUUUUUCCAAAGGCUUCUUUGAGGAUUUUUGUUCCCAAAUUUGGAAUCAGCGGUCAAAACUACAUUUGAGCAUCAAUCAGUAACUCCAUUUCAAACUGAAAACAGUCCUUGUUUAAUCUUUUUUGAAGCUCCUGAAGGAUUCAGAACAGUCAGAAACUCCUAAACUCUCCAAAAAUUUUCCAGGUACGACCUGCAGUUCAGCUACCGGCAGCAGUACGGCGUCCCGCAGACCUUUUCAGCCGUACCAACCGCGGGUCUUCGUCCCGCAGCCGCAGUACCCCACGCAGUACUACCAGCCUGCCGCCUCAAGCCUCCCUGCUGAUGCCGCAGCCGGCCUCAGCUCCAGCCGCUCCGGCUACCGUCCGGAAGCGACAUGAUCAUGCGACCCUGAGGUUCUUGGGAGGGUUGUGCAGAGUUUGAGGAGAUUUUGCAGCCGACCUAUCCCAGUCAAUCGCAGCCGCAGCAGUCGCAGCAGCAGCAGCAGCAGAACACGCAGACGUCGCCCCAGGUCCGCAGUCAGCCCGGAGUUCGCCUCCAGGCAGUGUAGUGCCACCAGUGCGGUGUCGCCCUGUGAUGAUGUCAGUUUUUGACGAUUUCUAGAGAAAAGAUACUGAGAAAAGGACCUUCAGAAAAUCAAUAAAUCACUGAAAACCCCUCUCGAAGCCCCCCAUGUUUUGAAGGUGCCCAGAAACGCAAUUAACCGUACCAAAAUUUCAGAUUGAGUUUUCUGAGUUCAUAUUUUGGUCCAUAGCUACAACAAGGUCUUGAACAUUAUAGUAAGGGUUUGACUGGCUCCGCCCCUUUUUCGGGUUACUGUAGCGAAAUAACCAAAAAAAUUCCAACUUCUUUUUUGCGUGGUCUUGAAGCCUUGGACCAUGGUAACGCGAACCGAGCAUUUCUAGUGACUACUUAAGGGGCGUCAGAACUCUUUAGUGAUCCCUGCGAGUUCUCAGAAACGUUUAGUCCGGUUUUGAGGUCCGAAAUCUUUUUUCUAACGGAAGUCAGCGAGAAAUUGAACUUUUUGAGUAAAAUCGAAGUUGAAGCUUAUUGUAGGCUCUUUUUGAAGCUUCCCAUAAAUGAUUUUUUUCAAAAAUUUCUUUUUUUUAAACUUCAAAGUCAAUAAUAUCGUCAUAAAACUCAGGAAAGCUUCAUAGAAAAAUUACAAAAAAUGACUUUUUGAGAUUUUUCAUUUUUGGUUUUUUCUUUCACCAGAAAAAAUGGAUCCUAGUAGUCCUAGGGACACUUGGAAUUGUAUCUGAACCUCAGCUGGUCCAAAAAAAACACAGAACCAUUCCAAAUUUCCAGGCCUCCAUGAACAGCCCUGCAGUGACGUCAAGCGAUUCGGCGGCCUCUGGAACACCUCCCCUCUCCAGUGACGUCAUCUCAACGGAUGUCGAGGUUGGAAUCUCAAUCAUUGACAAGAAAAAUGACCAAAUCUUCUAGGGAACCGACGAAGAACGCGUCAUGUGCAUGGCCUGCCGCGGCGUCUAUCCCUCCAGGAGAAGCCUGACCGGCCAUAUUGGCCGCAACGAGAAAUGCCGCGAAAUUAUCGGUUGGCGACCUUUUUUCUGGCUUUCUUUGAGGAGUUCUUGUUGGAGGUGUUAUUAUAACAAAUGGAUAACUCAGAGUGGUCCCUAGAGUGGCCCUUGAAGGAUCCAAUCUAGGGACCGCUUUACAGCCCCUAUAGGAGCCCCUGAAGCUUGAAAAGUAGUCCCUAUAGGGGCCCUUGAAAAUUCCACUCUAAGAACGACUUUACCUUCUUCCAUAGGGGCCACUAAAGCGUGGAAAAGUGCUCACUUCAGGGGCGAUCUUAUUAACUCAUGUUAAGGAGCAAUAUCAUGUGAAAAAAUCAUUAAAUUAGAAUUUUUUGAAUAAGAAACUAUAAAAGUUAUCGUUCUGCAUUUACAAACUCGAACGAAAAAUUAAGAGACCCUUUAGGGGCCACUUGAGCUUCAAGGGUUUUUGGGUCAGAUCCUAAACUCCUAUAGGGACCACUUUAACUUCACCCCUGUAGGGGCCACUUGAGCUUCAAGGGCUUACUGAUAGGAGACCCGAAAGGCCUAUAGGGACCACCUAAAUUUUAUCCCUAUAGGGGCUACUUGAGCUUCAAGGGCUUUCUAGUCAGAUCCUGAACUCCUAUAGGGAUCACUUGAGUUUUACCCCUAUAAGGCCCACUUGAGCUUUAGGGGUUUACGGAUCUGAUUCUAAACUCCUAUAGAGGCCACUUGAGCUUUUUUAUUGGCUUAGGGUCAGAUCCUGAACUCCUAUAGGUGCCACUUGAAUUUUACCCCUAUGGGGGCCACUUGAGCUUUAAGGGCUGACCGAUGUCAUCCGAAAGGCCUAUAGGGACCACCUAAAUUGUACUCCUAUAGGGGCCACUAGAGCUUUAUCGGCUUAGUGGUCAGACCACUUGAAUUUCACCCCUUUUGGGGGCACUUUUUUGAUCCCUACGGGGACCACUCUGGUGUUUCUAAAACAUUGAUCCCUGAAGCUUUUCCAAUUUUAUCAAGCUCAUCUGUUUUCCAAAUUUUCAAAGCCAGAAGGACUUGAAGAAGAAGAAAAAAGUAGGUUUUCUGAACCGAAAAAUGAGCUUUUCGUCGUUCAUGAGCUCCUAGUAGUACUUGGAUGACCCUUAAAAGCUUCAAAUCACAUUUUCAACUUUUUAAGAACACUAAAAUCAGUUUCCAAGGCCUUUCAAACUCCUUCCCACCGUAUAACAGCCAAAUAUCGGGGUUAGAACGUUCAGGCCGCAACUACCUGGACCAAGUGGCGGCCGGCGGCAAUCCGACGAUCCCCGGAACGGAAUCGGCUAUAAAAUCCGGCGCCAUCACCAAUGGACACGAUGGAAUGUCUCCAGUGUGUCCGUUUUGUGACAGGUUCAUCAGCCAUUACAAGGUGGAUUUUUGAGCUUUUGAGCUUUGUAGUAGGGAUAUUUUAGGGCAAUAUCCGUCGACACAUCAAUCAGUGCUGCAAGAACAGCGACGCGCAGAAGCGACCCCGAUCCGACAAGGAGAAGAGCACGAAGAAGCGGAGGAAAACAGACGAUUCCGGGAUUUCGCCCGACCUCAAGGAGGGCUAUGAUCCAUGUACGUUUCAAUAACACUUUAAAGGUUCAAGAAUGUCAAACGAAAAAUUAUUGGUUCUAGUGUAGACGGUCUAGUUGCUAUGUAGGACUAAAAUCAGCUGGGACUAAAAAAAAAAGUUUUUGAUUUUUGCGGGUGUUAAGAGAUCCUAACUUGAAAAAAAGAUCUAUUGCAUGAUUUUUCUUGUCUCAGGAGGUCCAAAGGAAUUUUUGACCAAAAUUCAUUGAAAAAUCAAAGGGAGGGGGGACAAGUAGAAGUCUUCCGCAUGCUGGAAAAGUCGGUCGGUUCGGUCGGUUGGUCGGUCAGUUUGGAAAACUAGGCCACGCCGUAAUUUUGCUCCAUGAGAAACUUAGAAUUUUAAACUUUUUCUUUUCUGAAUUUUUCUUCCUUUUUUUAAAUUUUACUAAGAAUGUUCUCGCUUAUUUUUCAUUCAAUUGUAUCGUUUUUCGCGAGCAAAAUACGAUGGAUACUACGUUCAAAAUUAGGAACUGAUUCGAUUUUUGAAAUUUCUCAUUCAUUUUUUUGGAUACAAAAUACUUCAUCUAACCAAAUGAGCAAAAUCAAAAAUCAUAAGUGAUCUGAAAAUGAGAUAAUGUGUAAAAUACACACAAAAAAGGCAAGAAACAAAAUUACUUCCAACAAAAGGUAAAACAUUACCUAGAGAAACAAUCAUAAAUAAGGAACAUUUUUUUUUAAUCUGAGGAGCAUGUGUCCCAUAUCCUAGAAAACCGAUAAAAAGGAAGGAAAAAUGUAGAAAAAGGAAAAAAAAAAGUCUGAAGUUCGAUUUUCCAUGGAGCAAAAUUGCGGCGUGGUCUGGUUUUCCAAACCAACCGAACCGACCGACUUUUCCAGCAUGCCAAAAUCUUCUAAUGAGAAGGACAGCUUAAGAAAAUAAAAAAUUCAAAAAUUCAAAAAUUUCGCCGUUUCUCUCAACGAUUAAAAAUUGAAAUAAUCGGAACAGCUUUUGAAUUUUUCAAUUUUUGAAUUCUUUGAUACCUUAUAAGGCUCAAUAAUUUGAGCUAUAUGCUUUAGAAACUUUGAAAAAUCAUGAAUUACCCGGAAAUUUACAGCUUUCUCAAUUUUAUUUUCAAAAUAAAUUAAUUUAAAGCUGGAGGAUCUUAAAUUUGAUACCCAGUCAAGCGAUAUAAAUUUCAACAGUUCUGAAAAAAAGCCCUUACAAGAAAGGUCAUUUCACUUUUUGGUUGGGAACUCCCUGAAGUUGGUCAGAACACUCCUUGAUGUACCAGAAGAAGAGUCUGAAAGUCUCAACCUGCACAACUUUCUAGUUUUCGAGAAGUAAGGGAUGAAAGCCUGAAUCCUUUUUUCAAUGAAUUUGUAGUCUUUGAAGUGUCCUUUCUCGGAAACUAGAAGUUCGUACUGGUCUUUCAGGUCUUCAUCUGGUACUCCAGAAGUGUUUGGGCCGGUUUUUUAGGAUAUUCUUAACAAGAAGUGAAACGACCUUUCUUUAGGAGCUAGAUGGGGCUUCCUGUAUCUGAAUUCCACUUUUAAAAAUAUCUAUAAAAGGAGGAAUCUGAAAUUUUCCAGGCCCCCCAGGCUCGGCGCCACCUUCGAUGAGCCACAGCUCCCUGUUCACGUCACCGCCGAUCUCGCCGACGUCUUCAUCACCCUUUUACGGACAUCAGCGGUCAGCCAUGUGCUCCCCCAUCAGUGGCGGAUCUUUCUACGGCUCCAUGCCGGCCAAAGUGACGCUGAAACGAGAAUCGGCACCGGAGAAUGGCGGCAGCACCGCCGACUUUGCCAUCGAGAUCGACGGCCGGACAUUCAAAGACGCCUACAUUUGUGACGUCUGCGACUUCGUGACCGUCUACAAGGGAAACAUGAAGCGGCAUUUGAACACCUGCCAUCCGGUGCCCGAGUGCAAGAGCUUGAAAGGUACCUGUUUCAUUUGAUAGUAAGAUUUUCAAAGAUGAGUUUAACUAGGCUUUUCUUCCAGAUCUUAUGAAAAGAUUUGAUCGAUUUGUCUUCUGGUUAAGCUUUUCAGAAGGUCUUCUGAUUUCACUUUAACGACUUUUCCUGUAUUGAUAAAAAUGGUCUGAGCAUCUACUUUCGAGUCCCAAAAAUCUUUUCAAAUUGAAGAUCCUGAGUAUCAUUUCUAAACCUAUGAGAAAACUUGGAAAAAUCAUUAAAUAGCCUUUUAUCAUUUUUUGAGAAUGUGCGCUCCAUGGAUAAUCUCAAAAAAGUCGUUUUUUUCUUUCAAAUAUUCCUAAAACUGGUCAGAAAUUUCGGAAGAAAAGCUUCUGAUGUAUUAUUUCUAAACUUGACCUAUGAGAAAGCUUGAAAAAAUCAUUAGUUAGCAUUUUAUCAUUUUUUGAGAAUGUGCGCUCUAUGGAUAAACUGAUAAUCUCAAAAAGUCGUUUUUUUUUUCUUUCAAAUAUUUCUAAAAUUUGUCAAAUUUGAAAGCUCCUGAGGCAUUAUUUUAAAACCUAUGAGAAAACUUAAAAAACGUUAGCAUUUUAUCAUCUUUUGAGACUGUGCGCUCCAUGGAUAAUCACGAAAAAUCAUUUCUCUAAUUGGUAACGCUAGUGUCUGGCCGAAAAACUUGACGUAUUGCCAUUUAGGGAUCACUUUAGUGGCUAAGGCAUCUCUUUAGUGUCCUAUUGAAUUCACAGGACCAUAAAAGCUUCAGUAUUUUUUUGAGAUGGUACUCGGACCUCGGUAAAGCUAACCGGACGCGUCCCAGAAGUUUCUGGGCAUCCUUAAGUGAUCACUUUGGCGAUUUCAACAUCUUUCAAGGAUCACUUUGACAUUGUCAGUUCCUUAAGUGAUCACUUUGGCGGUGUCAGAAUCCUUAAGUGAUCACUUUGGCGGUGUCAGCAUCUUUAAGUGAUCACUUUGCCGAUGUCAACGUCCUUAAGUGACCACUUUAACGGUGUCAGCGUCCUUAAGUGAUCACUUGGCGGUGUCAACGUGCUUAAUUGAUCACUAGAAGCGUCCGAAAUCCAAGUAGGAUGAAUCGAGUUUUCAAUUAGCCAUGGAGCGCUCUUUCCCAGUCUGAUACAUUUUCAAAAUUGUCAUGACCUUUUUUUCAAAAUGGACGCUAUUCCAACACUAAAAUCACUGUGAGAUUGCAACUAACUAAAAAAAACUUUGUCAAGAAAAAGUCUAAUAAUUGGAAACAGGCGUCGUCGAGUGGGACCGGAAGCUGGAGGCGAUGCGAGCCUCGGCGAUGGGAAUCAACCGCGAGGAGCUGCAGUUGAAGCUCAGCUCCCACAAGCAGAACUCGACCCGUGGCCGGAAACCGCGCAAAAAGAAGGACAAUCAGUCUUCUGAAGAGGUUUGGAGGCUUUUUGGUUUUUCUUGAAGAUCUGAUAAGAUAUCCAAGAAAGAAUAGUGUUUGAAUACAUAAAUCGUCGUUUUUUAGAGUAAUACUUCCCACGGGAAGUUCUUUAGGGUGAUAAAAUCGUGUUAAGGAUCGUUUAGGGAAAGAGAUUAUGGAAUUUGUGACGUCACCUAGGGGAAUGAGACAGGAGAAAGUGCCCUUCAGUGAUCACUUGAGGGUCAAAUUUUCCGAACUAGGAAUUUUUGACGUCACUUAAGGAGUGAGACAGCAGAAGCCGCAAAUUUUUCAUGAGUUUUUUCUGCAAAUGAUCACUUGAGGGUCAAAUUUUCAGGAUUAGGAAUUUUCGACGUCAUCUAGGGAGUGAGACAGCAGAAACCUUCCGAGUGCCUUCAGUGAUCACUUAAGGGUCAAAUAUUUAGAAUAAGAAAUAUCUGACAACACCUAGAGGAUCAGAAAACAUAGUAGAAACCUUGGAGAGCUUGAAAAAAAAAACUUGUGAGUACUUAAGUGAUCACUUAAAGUUAGAAUAAGAAUUUUCGACGUCAGCUAGAGAAAUUGACGGCAGAAACCUCAUUAUGCUGAAAAAAAAGUUCAACUCAAGUGAUCACUUAAGGGAAAAAUUUUUAGAAUAAGAAACAUAUGACGACACCUAGAAAAUCAGAAAAGAAACCUUGGAGAGCUUGAAAAAAAACUUGUGAGCACUCAAGUGAUCACUUAAGGGUCAAAUUUUCAGAAUAAGAAAUAUCUGACGACAUCUGGAUGAUGAGAAAGCAUGGCAGAAGCCUUGAGAAGCUUGAAAAAAAAAUUAAUUCAGAUUCUGAGUGAUCACUUGAGGGAAAAAUUCUCAUAAUAAGAAGUUUUUUGGCUUUAUCUGGAGGGUGAGACGGCAGAAAUCAUAUCGAGCUUGAAAAAAAUAUUUUUUAUGUGGUUUUUACGCAAGUGAUCACUUAAGGGUGGAGCUUCUGACGUCAUCUAGAGAUCACUCGGUAGAGAUUACUUUUGAAUAGGAAGAGAACAAAUAAUGAGAAACUAGUGACGUCAUAUUUUCCCUAUAGGGAUCACUAAGAUGCUCAAAAUCCAGCAAAAAUUAACAUUAUUGAAAAAAAUGGCUCCCCACUUCUUCUUUCAAAGGAAGUCAAUCAAGGGGCCACUUAAGGGCUCAAAAAUAAUUCCCAAUUUUUCAGAGCGAGCCGAUGACUGACUACGAGCCGAAUUCGAACAAUUCGACAUUCGAGUUUUCGCAGAGCAGCUUCACCGAAUGA